ACUUUUAUUUAUGACUUACGUUUAUGAAUUUUUUUAGACGAGUCUCUAGCUUUUAUAUAUCUAAAGCUCUUGCAAAUAUGGAUCAUAAAUAAAGCAACUUAAUCCUUAGCAAUCAUCUCAUACCAAUUCAAUAAUUCAGAGCUAAAGAAUUUGAAGAUGGCUCCCUUCUCUCUGCGUAAUCGUCUUCACAACGUAGGGAUCGCCAAGAAAGGCUUGAAAUUGCGAAGAAAAACUAAAAAGAAUGGGAUGAAGAACAUCAUGCAAGAAAGGUUUAAAAGGAUGAAAACCGAAAUGGAGGAAAUCAGCGAGGAGCAGAAGAAUAUUCGAGAACAGCAGAGACAAGUUCGAGAAAAAUAUGAAGCAGUUGAAUCUGAAUGUGAGCAGCUGAAGAAAGAAACAAAGAUGAUGAUCCAACUGUGUGCUAUAACUCAGGUUAAAUUAAGUCUCAUGUUCAGGAUAUUGAAGGCCAGGGAAGAUAGUGAUUUUGCUACUGCUGCCAAUCUUACACAGUUGCUUAGUCAAAUUGUUGCUAGGGAGAAGGAAGAAAGGCAACAGCAAGGAGUGAUGCAUCAUGAACAAAAAUAAAUAAAUAAAUGAACUUCCUGUCUUCUAUAGUGUUUGCUCUCUCUACUCCAUUUUAAUUGGUUUGGUAUUUUUGUAUAUAGCCUCUUUAUAAUAUUGUGUUGAAUUAUUCUGCCAUAUGUUGUAUUAGGGUUUAAAGAAGUUGUUUAAGAUCAGAAAUAAAACCCACAAAUUCAGUAUAA